CGCCGCGCCCACAGCCGCGAUCCUUUGCCGCAGCGUCCCCGCCGCCGCCUCUUGCCUCCUCCUCCUCCCGCUCCUCCCGCUCCUGCUCCGCGGCCGCCGCCUCCUCCGCCUCCGCCCCCGCGGCGCCGGGAGCCCGCGCCCAGCCCGGGCGGCGCUGCCAUGCUGCCCCCGCGGCGCUGAAGGAUGGCGACGCCCGUGCCCCCGCCCUCCCCGCGGCACCUGCGGCUGCUGCGGCUGCUGCUCUCCGGCCUCGUCCUCGGCGCCGCCCUGCGCGGGGCCGCAGCCGGUCCCCCGGAUGGGGCCACCUGUCCCGGGAGCCUGGACUGUGCCCUGAAGAGGCGGGCUCGGUGCCCCCCAGGGGCUCACGCCUGUGGGCCCUGCCUCCAGCCCUUCCGGGAGGACCACCUCGGGCUCUGCGUGCCCCGGGUGCACCGGCCUCUGGCGGGGGGUCCCCCCCAGCCCAGACUGGAAGAUGACAUUGACUUCCUGGCCCAGGAGUUGGCCCGGCAGGAGGCAGGGCGCUGGAAGCUCACGGCCCUGUCCCAGCCGGAGGCGCCCCUUCGGUUGCUGGAGCCUGCAGCCACCCUGGGGCUCUCAGCGAGAGGCCAGGGCCCUGGCCUGGGCCUCCCCUCCACCCGGGGAGCCCCCGCGCCCACACCCCGCACCUCCCUGGGGUCUCCCGUGUCGUCUGGGCCUGUGCACAUGUCGCCCCUGGAGCCCCGGGCUGGGCGCCUGGACGGCCUUGCCCUCGUGCUCAUCUUGGCCUGCUCUGUGGCCGGCGUGGCCGCCCUGGCUGUGGCUGCUUUCUGCUGGUGCAGGCUCCAGCGAGACAUCCGCCUGACCCAGAAGACCGACUAUGCAGCCCCCCCGGCGGCCAGCUCCCCCACCACGCCCAGGAUCUCGCCUGGGGACCAGCGGCUGGCGCACAGUGCCGAGGUGUACCACUACCAGCACCAGAGGCAGCAGAUGCGGUGCCUGGACCGGCAUAAAGAGCCACCCAAGGAGCUGGACUCGGCCUCCUCGGACGAGGAGAACGAAGACGGGGACUUCACGGUGUAUGAGUGCCCCGGCCUGGCCCCGACGGGGGAGAUGGAAGUGCGCAACCCGCUGUUCGACCACUCCUCGCUGACCGCGCCCCUGCCGCCGCCGCCACUGCAGUGACCGGCAGACCGUGCCCACCCCCUGAGGACCCCACGGCGCACGGGUGGGAGCCAGGGACCUGCAUUUCCCAAUAAAGAAACUGCGUUCUGACCCUUG